UUGAGACACCAAAACAAACAAGGCGGUGAGAUGCUGCCGUGUGAUCUUUUUUUCGUUCUUACCCUGUUUUCCGCCAGCACCCUGAACGGUCCUCUCGUUGAAUCCAGCUCGGUUCAAUCCGUUCGAUUUGUCCCUGUUCGCGAUGCACGACAGGAACCCGUCAUUCACCUCACAAAUAGCAUCACAUUUGUCACAUUGGAUGCAUCCUCUCCUAUUUCGCGGACUGUGUAUUUCGCUAAACGGAGCAUGUAUAUCGAACAAUCUUUCGUCUUUGCCUGUCUCGUAAAUCCUCAGACUACUCCCUUGAAGGGGAUCGCUUUGUGUUGCCGGAAGAACCGGAAUGCUGCAGAUCUCCACUGUCCUCGAGUUCCCGAAGGCAAACCCCAUGGAACAAUAACUUGCGCUGGGACCGAGUUUUCUUACGACUCCAGUGAAUUCACUGGUGCCAACUUUUCUAUACACAUUAGGGAAAAGCAACAAUUCAAGGACCCAAUGGAUGGGCUUUUCCGUUGUCAUGUUACAGACAGCAGCAAGACCACAAUUAUUUCCAAUGAGAUUGAAAUACGUGAUGCAGUUUACUACAUUCGACAGCUCCAAACUAGGCCAAGCAACUCCAUAACGGUGAUUCCACCAAUUUUUCACUCGGAGUUCCCGCGACCUUUCUAUUGUGUUGACGAUACUUCCCGAGAAUGGCCUGUCUGGAUGAGUACACUAAGUGACGAUGUUGGAACCAUUUUGUGGGGUUACUGUGAGAUACUUGUACCAAUGAACGCGCAUACAUGCCUCCAAGUACAUAAGGCUCUUCCAAAGGCGGUUGCUACUGCGUAUGUCAACGGAACGAUGUUCCUGACGGACCCAAGCUUUCUAUCUAAAAGAGAAGUUGCCAUUGUAUGUCGUGAUGAAGAUGUCCGUGCCCCCGUCAGAACUUUCGCUGGAGGACAAAUAGAUCAUAGUUCAAUGAUUACUAACGGUUUAUCUGUGGAUACAACCUCAGACUAUGUCCAAAAGCUCCAACCGCUUACCGAAUUGUAUCAAAAUUUCACGUUCAUUUAUGGGGGCCUGCCCAAAGGUUUUUCACUAAAUGCACUCUAUCGUGAAUCAGAAGCUGGUUGUUCCUUCCAGUGGAGUAAAGAUGGAGCAGAUGUUCCACUCAGUGGCGCAAGCAAAUUUUCUUACCAACUACCAUUGGUUGAUGAGUUGCUCUUGGGUGGUACGUACAAGUUGACGGUCGUGUCAAAAUCUGACGAAAGUGAUAAACUUAUUUUCACCUUCGUCGUAAAUGUAGUGCGUCCGCCCGAAUUCACGGAUAUUCGGUGUUUGCCAAGGUUGUUCUACGUCAUGAAAGGAAACAAUUUUACUACACUGUGCCCUUUUAUUUCAAGACCGCAACCGAGAGCGUUUGUUGGAGUAAACCAUUUGGAGGCUGCUACUGCGGUGGAAUUGCGGCGAAUGCUGGAAAAGGAAGCAAUCUUGAACAAGAAGCUUUCACAGCUUGACAUAGAUUUCGGAGUGGAGAAUAUUGCAGAACCACCUGAAGUAACCAUAACUGUCAAUUCUUUGCAGUCGGAACAAGACUUUGAUCUUUCUGUUCGCCUAACAAGUCCUUUCGGAGGUUCACGUAUUUUCAGUUCUCUCAAAGUUGUCCCUGUCCCAAAACUGAUGGCCUCGCCAGUAGAAUCAAGUUGUGAAGAAGACUGUGACAACGUUCCGUUCAAUGUCUCUUGUUCACUUGAUCCUGACUUGGUCCAGCAAUGGCGGCAGCUUUUUGACGUUACUGCAUCCCUCACCUGGGUAGUACAAAAUCAGUGGUCGUCGGAUAAAUGGGAUCCAGAUGGUAUUGGACGGUUUUUCUCUGUUCCAAUUUUGGAUGGUAGUGUGCUUUCUGUUUGGCCACAAGGAUACCCUCUGAGCACCCAGAAUGCAGCGACAAACUCGACUCAGAUGGGCGAUUCCACAACUUUCAAGUCGUUGAAGGAAUUCAUAAGAGAGAAUGCGGCUGCAGAAGGUAGUGGAAACGUGUUCGUCCUAUCUCUACGCUGCCGCGUACAGUUGUUCGUACAUAAUAAUGAGCCCAGUUUUGCUCCUCCUCCUGGGCCAAAAAUGAGACGUGGUCUACGACAACAACAUCCUCUCUCACGGGACUUUUCGCCCACCGCACCUCGCCUUCUGUAUGACUCCAGCUGGGAACCUGAUACCACUCUGGUAUCACAGUUGAUUGCCUUACGGUCAUUUUCCCCUGAUCCACAGCCAGCAACCGCAAAUCUCACCUGGAUCGUUGCCGUGGUGAUCGCUCUUCUCGUUGUUUUCGUUGUGAUCGGUCUUGGGAUCUGGCUGUACACACGUGAUCGUGGUGAAACCUACAUGCUUUACGACAAGGAGAGAGCUCAUGGAAACGAUCCCAUUCAAGAGAUGAAGGAAACCGAGGGAUUCAAGACUUACCAACGACAAGAGGAACAACCCAUCGCUUCCAGCCGCUAUUCGAUAAACGAUGAAAGUAUGCAUGUGGGUAGUGACGAGGAUGGUGAAUUGGAUCAGUAUGAAGAUAACUUCAAUGAAGAAGGAUCCUUUAUCCAUGGUUACUCAACCGAUCCUGCUCUGGCACGAUUCCCUCGGAACCCCUCAUCACCGCCCGAUGUUUCCAUUCUUCAGUCUGGUCAAAAUGACACUUCUGUCUAACUAGUCAUGACUAUUCCCUACNCAACCGCAUCAAUUAAUCGUACCGCUUCGCCCUAUACCCCCUCUCGAAGCUGCCACCGAUUUGCCUCAGUCUAUUGUUUGACUCUCACCAAAGGCGUUGGUUACAUUUAAAGCUUCAUUUUUUUCGCUACUCGACAAUUGCUUUCAGAUUCGAUCAUUGACGGAGGGACUCAUUCCAGCCUAGCAAUAUCGCUUCACUCUUUGUAUAUCCAUUCAAAAAUCAUGCUCACCUACCUAGGAUUAUUCGUCUAUAGGCCCGUGGAAGUUGCCUAGUUUUGGUGACGAAGAAGAAGCGUACUUCUUAUAACUCUUCACAUGUCAUGUCGUGUUUUUUUCCGCUUGUGUACCAAGAUUUACUGUUUUUUUUCUAUCGUACGUGCCGUUAGCAUUUCAUUCAUUCGAUUUUUGCGUUUUCCUUUCCUCCGAAUGUGAACAAUACAUUCCCUGCUUCGUGUACACUUCUAAGAGGUGCAGUAACCCGGGCCUCACUUAUCAUUCACAUUUGAGCUUCCUAUUUGUUCAGCACCAUCAUCCUCUUUCUCGUGGUUGCUUCUCUUUUUUGUUUGUACCUGUGAUGUGCUGUUGGUUGAUUGGUUGGACAGAUUACUACCCACCCUCUCGUACGGAUUACGCGCGCGCGGACGAUGCCAACUCCCAGCUCAAACUUUUCCGUGCUGUACGCACCCGCUCGUCACAACAUUCCUUUUACAUACAUCAUAUUUUUACACGUUGCUUCCUCUAUUUGAAUCCAAUAUAACCCGAAG